GCUAAGCCCACUGCUUCCCGCUCCCGCGCUCGCUGCAAGCUGCCACACAGACGACCUCAUCUUGGGGGCCAACCACUGUUUACCUCGUUUGAUCGUCCUCCUCUCUCCUCUUUCGCCUCUUUAUCCAACUCCUGUUCAAUAUACCCAUUUACAUUUCUAUCGACCUCGCCAAAUCUGUAUCGCUGCUAUUUUUCCUCGUCUACUCGCCAGCAAAAUUCUGCAAAGUCUGUUUUUAAGCGACGCACGCCCCGCUGAAUUGGCAGCUCCAAGUUGCUAAGGCCGCCAUCAGCUCGACGAGCAGCAGACCUUUCAAAUGUCCAAGCGACGCAACAGACGCGACGAGCUCGAUUUUGAGAUUCACGUGGAUCCCUCUUGCCACGCACCUGAACAACCCGAGACUGUCGAAAUUAUGCCCUCAGACUCGGAAGAGCAGCAUCGAGAGAGCUUAGGAAGUGACUUUGGCGGUGAAGGCAGUCUGGAUGAGCCAAAUUGGGUUGCUCACGACGAAACAGCAGAUGGCGAUUCUGUGAGCAACGAAGAUGCAGAGGAUACUGUGAUUCGCAGAGAAUCAGACAUCUCUAUUGAUUCGGCCUCGUACCGUCCCUCGCCGGCCAGGGAAGCCAGUAUCCGAGCGGCGGCGAGAGAAGCUCUACGCAAAAGCAAUGGCAGUAAUGGCAGCAGCAGACGCUCUUCUAUCCGAAGCGCUGCGCCAUCUGAUAUAAGCCAUGAUGCACCGUCUUCUAGGCACUCGCUCAGCACCCCAGAGUCCCGCGGCAAGAAGGGCAGCUCAAGGCGGACCAACAGUGACGGCGGAGGUAGCAACUCAUCUCACCAGGAACAUGAGGAUGACGUCUUCAGUGACCAUAGUCCUCGAAGUUCAAUGGGUUCCAUUCCCGAAGCCGAGCAGUAUGCAAAGGCUGCCACGACGGAGUCAGCCGGCAAAUCUAGAAUAUCGGAUAUACAGCCAUAUGACCCCGACGAAGCUUUUGUUCCGACAAUUAGAGGAACCCCUCGCCCAGCUUUCCGCUCACCGUCCGCAUUUCAACCCAAUCAAAUGCACUCUCCUCCACCAUCCGUCACCGGGUCCACUGGUAGACGGACUCCUCGCACAUCCAUCUCAAGACUAGGCUCCCCAUCGACACAGUUCUCGCCCAAGAAGACUCCACCACGCUUUAAGAGAAACACGCCGCCCUUGGUAUUGCUACAUGUUACGCUGCUACCUCUACGUUGGCCUUGGGGACAAGUCAUCGAGAAUGCCCGUCCCAGUGAAUUGAGCAAAGCCGGGCAGGCGCUGCGUGAGGCAUGGCGCCAACUUCAAGAUAGAGUCGGUGAUACCGUGUCGGACCGUGGUGUCUUGCUCCCACACCCACAAAAUGAUUUUGAGGUACUGGAGGAGCGCUUGUUAGAAGCCGUUGAGCUUCCUCUGCGCAGGCGAGCAAGGAUUCUUGAAUGUGGCCAUUAUCUCGGACCAGCCAACGAAAUGUCCUUGGUUGAAGAUAUGGACAGUGAGGAUGAAGAUUAUGAAGGCAAAUCUGCUACUGGUUCGCGUCAAACGCAUUGGUGCUCCACUUGCAGAUCUGACAUUCACUUCGACUCUCUUGGUGAAGGCAAGGUCUUCCGCACCAAGGUCUACGCCAGCAAUGGAUUGAUGAAGGCAGGAGCUUGGGAGGCAUGCUGGAAGCAGAUGGAGAGAGUAGAUGUCGAGAUUGAACCCAUUGUUGACCAAUCCGUAUUGGAUGAACUGGAACAACUUGCCACGGCGCAGGAAAGGGUCGCUUUGGAAGAAGAACUUCAGGAGAGCCUUCAGGGAGAAGCCAUGUACCGUGAGGAGUUGUUUGAAGAGGAGGUCACUGUACACAUGGAUACAUCGCCAAUCCCUGACGUUGAGUACGCCGACAGUCCAGAGUCGGACCACCGUCGACAUCGGGACGAGGAACGACUACGAGAAAUUUACGGCGAUGAGCCGUCUAUGCCAACCCCACAGAUGGAUUCGACAACAGCCAAGUCUGAAGCUGAGGAGUACAUCAAUAAGGAAACGCCACCAUCGCCAACUGUGGAAGCCAUGGAGCGUCGCAAGUCUAGACAGCAGGCAUAUAAGAGCGCUUCGCUGCCAGAGCUUGUGAUGGAAGCUACCAAGGUAUUCUUUCAGGAUCGCAAGAAUGGCGCGAUUGUCUUGCUUGGUGUUUUAGUGAUGAUGUUAGCUGUGAGAACUGGUGGCGCGCCGCCUGCCUCUCACAUUGCCAACAGCAUCGCACCUGAGAACAGCCAAGUGCCAAGCAUGGGAGAGACACAUCCUGGUCCAAAGGGCGACGCCGCUGGUGGAGGAAACCCUUGUGCUUCCUGUGAACUGGCGCUUGAAGCAGCUCAAAUCUCCUGUGGUGCAGCUACCGUCACCGUCACGGAAACCAAGACGGUUGCUGCUGCUACAGAAAUACCAACGAGUACGGCCGUAGCAGAAGCAGAAGCAGAAGCAGAAGAAGAGGUAGAUGAGAGUGCAGCAGAGAGAAGGCUUCCUGAAGAAGCAGAGUAUGAAAGCGAAGAAGAGGCGGUAGUCCAAGAGGAGCUUCGAGAAGCGGCCCUUGACGAGGAUGAAGUGGUGGAACGGGACGAAUUGUAACUGCGAUAUGAAUAUUAGCAUGACACUCACACAUAAUGUAGAUAGCGAAUGACACGUCUUUAGACUUGUAACCUG